UCCGCAUCAUGCCGCGGCGGUUUAACCAUCAGCGGAGAUCAAAGGAGUCGGAGAUCAGCGCGCGCAGGGGGUUCGGACGUGGUGUCAGGUGACGGUGAUGGAGGACCUGAGAGGACGAGUUACUCAUCGAGCUCCACUUAAGGAGGCAAACCUGAGGGACAGAGACAGCACCGAGACAGGAGGAGACGUACAUAAGAGCAGGAAUGGAAGUGUGGAGCUGGCGAGGAAUAUGAAGGAGAAGCUGCUGCUGAGGAGGAGAGUCGAGCAGCUGAAGGUGGACUUGCUUCGGCACUUCGACUCUCAGCUGAACGAGUUCGUCGACUCUCUGGAUGAAUACCACGAUCUGGGCUCUUCCUCACCCUCCUCUUCCUCUCAGCCUCCUACAGACCCGGAGGGAACCAAACUCAGGUCUUCUCAAGGUCAGAGUAAACAUUUUGUGGUCCGUCGAUCUAUAUUAGAUGAGCUGUUUGAGGUGAAUCACAUCCGGACGAUUUAUCACAUGUUCAUCGCCCUCCUCAUCCUCUUCAUCUUCAGCACGCUGGUUGUUGAUUUCAUCGAUGAGGGACGGUUGGUGUUAGAUUUUGACCUGCUGGUGUUUGCAUUCGGGCAGUUCCCCCUGGUGGUCGUUUCGUGGCUCUGCAUGUUUGUUUCUGCACUUGUUGUUCCGUUCACGCUCCUUCGUUGGUGGGCCGGUGUUUAUUCUUCCUCACACCAUAGAACAUUCUACACACUCAUCGCUGUGACCAUCCUGCUCCUGUACCAAAGCCUCGGACUCGGCUUCCUGCCCACGUACAUCGUGCUGAAGAACAGCCUUCCUCCCGCCUCCUGCUUCAUCCUCAUCCUCGAGCAGGUGCGUCUAAUGAUGAAGGUGCAUUCCUUCAUUAGAGAGAAUGUGCCACGGUUGUGGUCUUCAGACAAAGAUGGCUCAGAGGCUGUGCCUCAUCUGAACUCCUACCUCUACUUUCUGUUUGCGCCCACUCUGAUCUACAGGGACCGAUACCCAAGGAAUCCAUGUAUACACUGGAGUUAUGUGGCCACCAAGUUUUUACAGGUCCUGGGCUGUUUAUUCUACGCCUAUUAUGUGUUUGUGCGUCUCUGCAUCCCUCAGUUUCACAGUGUGAGCAUGCAGCUCUUCGACCUCAGAGUGAUGGUGCUCUGUAUCUUCAACUCCAUCCUGCCAGGAGCAUUAAUUCUCUUCCUGGCCUUCUUUGCCUUUCUGCACUGCUGGCUCAAUGCGUUUGCUGAAAUGCUGCGUUUUGGAGACCGAAUGUUUUACAGGGAUUGGUGGAAUUCAACAUCAUUUGCUAACUAUUACCGCACAUGGAAUGUCGUCGUGCACGACUGGCUGUAUUACUAUGUUUAUCGGGACAUCCUGUGUAUGACACAAAAACGUUUCCGAGCGACCGCCAUGUUCGUGGUUUUUACAGUUUCCGCUGUAGUUCACGAAUACGUCCUGGCCGUCUGCUUCGGGUUCUUUUAUCCCGUUCUCUUCUGCCUCUUCAUGUGCUUUGGAAUGAUGUUCAACUUCAUCCUGCAUGACCGGAGGACAGGCCCGGUGUGGAACAUCAUCGUGUGGACGGCUCUGUUUCUGGGUUUAGCAGUUCUGCUGUGCCUUUACUCUCAGGAGUGGUAUGCUCAAAAAUACUGCCCCCUAGAGGAGCCUUCAUUCCUGGACUUGCUGAAGCCGCGCUCAUGGACCUGCUACAUCCAGACUAGCCGCGCUGCCCAAGACGCUUGAACUUUUUUACUUUUUACUCUUUAUGCAUUUUCGCACUACAAUCACAGGCACAUUGAGCGACAAUCCUUUUAUAUGAAUUUGUAUUGAACUUUUUAAAAUAACAACGCUUUGGGUACGGUGACAUAUUUUAAUAGUUUUAAAAAUAUAAAUGUAUGAUUAUAUAUUUAAUGACACUCAGAAUCAGUGUCAGUUUCAGUGUUGGAGCUUCAGAGUUUGUUCUAAAAGGUGGGACCAUUUUGUAACAUGUCUUAAUGAGCCAGUGGAUGUAUUCAGCAUGUUUCAUUUAAUUUUACAAUUAACAAACCGUUCCUCGAGAGUUCUUUAAGUCGUUACAGGUUCUAUUAAGAAAAUGAGCAAAAUAAGGAGUUAUGAAGGAUCCUUGGGAGCUUAAUCUGGAUGUGCAAAACAAAAAAGUAUGCAAUUACACAUUUGAACAAUAAAUGAGGUCAUAAACAAGGAGGAAGAACUAUGUGGCAGAUCUGUGGUCACCAGUAAAUAUCCAGGAUCUAAGGAUCAGGCAGCUGAUAGGAGAAGGGUUAGCACUUUAAUUCAAACAGCAUCAGGACUAGGUCUUAGCUCAGGGUUCACAAAGCAGAAGAUAAAACCAUUUAUAUGUAAAUAAAUAUAGUUACUGUUUAAUCUUACAGUGAAGGUUUUGGAUUAUCCAGUGUACUGUAGGUGUCAUUAUUAGGGAACUGUCCUGCUGAAGGAUUUUCACAUGGUGCACAGAUCUUCAUAAUCUUAUUUUAUAAAAAAAAAAACUUGUGUGUAUAUACUGUAUAAAGUCAUCACAUAUAUAUAUUCACUGUACACCAAGAAUUGUCACUUUAUAAAAAUGCCAUUUUAAUUGUCAGGUGGUGGUUUGGGUGCGAGGGGGCCAAAGAUUCCCGUCUCUCGUCUAUAAUAAUUAGACAGUUUUUAUUGGACUUGCAUAUCGAAGACUUGCAUACUGAACGGCUCUUUUUACAUAAAGAAUGGAAGCUGAUCCGUGUUUGGAGAUGAGGUCUCUCUUUUAUAGUCAUUAAAUUGCCAAAAUCUUUUAGAUAUAAAAACCUUUUGCAUCGAGGUAAAAAGUAGAUGAAGAGAACAGACUAAAAUAGAACUUAUCAGAAUAAAAAUAAUGAAUUAUAAUUUAUUUAUUGUAGAAGUUAUAAUCUGGACUAAAUAAAGCAGCAGUAAUGAGUUACAGGGUGAAAAAAGUUUAAAAAUCAAGAACAAAGUGUGUUAUCAGUGAUCACAUCAGUGAUUUAUUCACUGCUGCACAGUCACUACGUCAGCUAUUCUAAUGACUAAGUUACUUUGUUCUUAACUUCUAUUAAAAAGUUUCCUAUGAUGAAACAUCAUGAUUUUAUACCCAGCACUUUCACUCUAAAUAAUGUUACUGCCCUUCUGUAUGUGACUUUUUCAGCUGUAUGACAUCAGUGCCACGGGUUUGUAUUUUAAAGGGCUUAUGUAUGACAUGUUACGGGUCACACGUCAAUCAUACUUUUUUUUUUUAUUUUAUAAAGAACUGUUAGAAGUGUAUUUUCCAGUAGGAAACCUUGUCAUGCUGCUGAUGAUACUGUGUUAAAAACUUAUAUUGUUAAAUUGUGAGUAAAAUUUGUGAUUUUACAACCCAAACAAUUCGUAAUGCAUUGCAUAAAGAAAUCAUUUAAAUUG